AUGGUAGACUGUCGGGGAGGGAGCAAGUCAAGAAGCCUAACCCUUGAAGAAGCCACAGAUACAAUUCUUUUCUGUAGCUCCAUUGUUCAUGAUCUGGCCUACCAGGCUGCAACAAUAGCCAUCGAAAAGGAAAGUUCAGUCCCAUUGGAAGGUUCUCGGCCAACAGUUACAAUUCUUGGAAAAUCCACCGCUGACAGAAAGGAUCCACGCGGAAGACCUGCUGGAAAACGUACUUCAAAAUCCCUAAAAGUCAGGCAGAGGCGGGCAGAAGCAGAUGUAAAACAGUCUGCCAACAAGACUGAAAAUGAUGAGAAUGCCAAUGAAUCUAUGGUGCGUAAUGUUGGGCUUCCGAACGAGAUGGACAGUCUGAAGCCACCAAAGCUGGAAUCCAAGUGCAAUUGCACAAUAAUGUGA